AAUAACAAUAUUAAUAAGCAAAUGUGUCUUUUUUAUCUCCCUACUUUAUCGCUGAACAGAGAGACUUACAAAAAUUCUCCAAAUAAAAUUUGUUCUUUCUUUUUAUUUAUUCUAACCAAUUUCUUCCCCAGAAAUCACACAUAGUUUUUAUUCAAACGUCCUAGAAACAGAUCCUUUCUCACGUUCUGAAGUAUUCAUCUUAUCAUCAUCAACAUCAUCAUUGUCUUAAGGUUGAUUUAAUGGCAGAAUCGAGGUAACAAUCACUAAUCUCUUCCAUCUUCUUCAAUAUGAUGCGUAAUAAAUGAAUUUAAAUUCAUAAACAUAGGAAAUAUAUUCAUAAUUAAUAACACGUUUUUCAGAUGUUAUUAACAGGUAAAACCAGAGAUUAACAAAAACAGAACCAAAACACAAGAAUAAGACAAAGCACAACAUCUGAAAAACAUGUUCUGUUGCGGAGGUGCCGAUGAGGAACCCGCCGGUCCGCCCGCAAACCAGUAUAAUUCAGCCCCUCCUAACAAGGCCGGAAACCCUAACUUUGGCGGUGGAAAUAGAGGGGAGCCGAGGAACACGAACGCACCGAGAUCGGGAGGUCCUGCAAAGGUUUUACCCAUAGAGAUCCCUGCUGUUGCACUGGAUGAGUUGAAUAGAAUGACGAGUAACUUUGGCAACAAGGCACUGAUCGGUGAAGGUUCUUAUGGACGUGUCUUCCAAGGCAAGUAUAAUGGAGAUGAUGUUGCUAUCAAGAAGCUUGACGCUAGCUCUUCUGAAGAACCUGACUCCGAUUUCACCUCACAGUUAUCGGUUGUAUCACGGCUCAAAAACGAACAUUUUGUGGAGUUGAUGGGGUACUGCUUAGAAGCAAAUAACCGUAUUCUCAUCUACGAGUUCGCAACCAAAGGUUCUUUACACGAUGUGUUACACGGGAGAAAGGGCGUUCAAGGGGCUGAGCCAGGGCCGGUGCUAAACUGGAACCAAAGGGUCAAGAUCGCGUAUGGAGCAGCCAAGGGGAUGGAGUUCCUUCAUGAGAAAGUCCAGCCACCAAUAGUCCACAGGGACGUAAGAUCGAGCAAUGUAUUGUUGUUUAAUGACUUUGUGGCCAAAAUGGCUGAUUUCAACUUGACCAACGCAUCCUCGGAUACGGCGGCUAGGCUUCACUCCACUCGUGUCUUGGGAACGUUCGGCUACCACGCUCCAGAGUAUGCUAUGACGGGGCAGAUAACGCAGAAGAGUGAUGUGUAUAGUUUUGGUGUUGUGCUUUUGGAACUCUUGACGGGAAGAAAACCUGUAGAUCAUACCAUGCCUAAAGGCCAACAAAGUCUUGUUACUUGGGCAACUCCGAGGCUAAGUGAAGACAAAGUUAAACAAUGCAUAGAUCCUAAGCUUAAUAAUGACUUCCCUCCCAAAGCAGUCGCCAAGUUAGCAGCCGUGGCGGCGUUGUGUGUACAGUACGAAGCAGACUUCAGACCAAACAUGACAAUCGUUGUCAAGGCACUACAGCCUCUUCUCAACUCUAAACCGGCUGGUCCUGAGUCUACUUCCUAAAUUAACUAAUUCACCAUUUCUCUUGUUGUUGUUGUUGUUAUGCCUUUUUUCUGUUCAAACAAAAAUGAUUGUUGGUUAUAAGAUGUUGUUACUUAAAUCGAAUGUAACUUAUAAUUUUCAUUGGUUUAAAGCAAUCUCUCUCU